AUGCCUUUUUCCAAGGAGGCAGAAAUCUUGCUGAAGACUACAGACUGCCAACUGACAGUUGUAUCUACGUUCUUCCCGCUUUGGCUAUCCUGGACCAGUCAGCCAGCCUACUCUGAAGCGCACACAGAAGAUGCGGGUACCAGCCUCUACUUUGUGAACGACUCCAUUCAGCAGGUGACCUUCUCCAGCUCUGUGGGAGUGGUCAUCCCUUGUCCAGCAGCAGGGUCUCCCAGUGCCACCCUUCGCUGGUACCUUGCUACUGGGGAUGACAUCUAUGAUGUCCCACACAUCCGCCACGUCCAUGCCAAUGGGACUCUUCAACUCUACCCCUUCUCGCCAUCUGCCUUCAAUAGCUUUAUCCACGACAAUGUUUACUUCUGCACUGCAGAGAACGCCAUGGGCAAAAUCAGGAGCCCAAACAUCCGGGUCAAAGCAGUGUUCAGGGAACCUUACACAGUUCGAGUGGAGGAUCAAAGAUCAAUGCGUGGAAACGUGGCUGUUUUUAAGUGCCUCAUUCCUUCUUCAGUGCAAGAAUAUGUUAAUGUUGUGUCCUGGGAGAAAGAUACAGUUUCUAUCAUCUCUGAAAAUAGGUUUUUCAUUACUUUCUAUGGUGGGUUGUACAUAUCAGACGUCCAGAAGGAAGACGCCCUGUCCACCUACAGAUGCAUUACAAAACACAAGUAUAGUGGUGAGACGCGGCAGAGCAAUGGUGCCCGCUUGUCUGUCUCAGACCCUGCAGAAUCCAUCCCAACCAUUCUAGACAGCUUCCAGUCCCAGGAAGCAAAGGCAGGGCAACUCGUGGAACUGCCGUGCAUUGCCUCUGGGUAUCCGAAUCCUGCAAUCCGAUGGAUAAAGGAUGGAAGGCCACUGCCUGCUGACAGUCGAUGGACCAAGCGCAUCACAGGCCUGACGAUUAGUGAUCUGCGUGUGGAGGAUAGUGGGACAUACAUCUGUGAAAUCACAAACACUUUUGGGUCUGCUGAGGUCACUGGGACCCUGGCAGUAAUUGAGCCACUGCGGGUCUCCCUCACACCAAAGAAGCUAAAGACUGGUAUUGGAAGCACAGUUAUCCUCUCAUGUGCGCUUUCUGGCUCACCAGAAUACUCCAUCCGUUGGUUCCGCAACACGGAGCUGGUGGUUCCAGAUGACUUUGUCUCCAUCCGGGGAAUCCACAAUGAGACACUGCUCAUCAUGGCUGCCCAAAAGAGCCAUUCAGGGGCCUAUCAGUGCUUUGCCACCAGGAAGGUCCAGACAGCUCAGGACUUUGCUGUUAUCGUGUUGGAGGAUGGGACCCCCCGGAUUGUCUCCUCCUUCAGUGAGAAGGUGGUGAACCCUGGUGAGCAGUUCUCCCUGAUGUGUGCGGCCAAAGGGGCCCCACCACCCACCAUCACCUGGUCCCUAGAUGAUGAGCCCAUCCAGAGAGAUGGCAGCCACCGCACCAACCAGUACACCAUGUCGGAUGGUACCACUGUGAGCCAUAUGAAUGUGACAGGCCCACACAUCAAGGAUGGAGGCGUCUACCGAUGUACUGCACGGAACUCAGUGGGCAGCGCCGAAUACCAAGCGCGAAUAAACGUAAGAGGCCCCCCCAGCAUCCGUGCCAUGAAGAAUAUCACAGCUGUGGCAGGCCGGGACACCUUCAUCAACUGCAGAGUGAUUGGCUACCCUUAUUACUCGAUCAAGUGGUAUAAGGACUCGCUACUCCUGCCGGACAACCAUCGGCAAGUGGUCUUUGAGAACGGCACUCUCAAGCUGAUGGAUGUCCAGAAGGGGAUGGACGAAGGAGAAUACCUCUGCAGCGUCCUCAUUCAGCCUCAGCUCUCUAUCAGCCAGAGCGUCCAUGUCACUGUGAAAGUUCCUCCUCUUAUCCAGCCCUUUGAAUUCCCUCCGGCCUCCAUUGGGCAGCUCCUGUACAUUCCAUGUGUGGUCUCUUCUGGCGACAUGCCAAUCCGGAUCACUUGGAGGAAGGACGGGCAGGUGAUCGUUUCAGGCUCUGGCAUCACCAUCGAGAGCAAGGAGUUCAUGAGCUCCUUGCAGAUCUCCAGCGUCUCCCUGAAACACAAUGGCAACUACACUUGCAUCGCCAGCAAUGCUGCUGCCACCAUCAGCCGAGAGCGGCAGCUGAUUGUGCGAGUUCCUCCUCGCUUUGUGGUCCAGCCCAACAAUCAGGAUGGGAUCUAUGGCAAAGCUGGGGUCUUGAACUGCUCGGUGGAUGGGUAUCCCCCUCCCAAAGUCAUGUGGAAGCACGCCAAAGGCAGCGGGAACCCUCAGCAGUACCACCCUGUCCCCCUGACAGGCCGCAUCCAGAUCCUGCCGAACAGCUCGCUGCUCAUUCGACAUGUUUUAGAAGAGGACAUCGGCUAUUAUUUGUGCCAGGCCAGCAAUGGCGUUGGUACAGACAUCAGCAAGUCCAUGUUCCUCACCGUGAAGAUCCCAGCUAUGAUUACCUCCCACCCUAACACCACCAUCGCCAUCAAGGGCCAGGCCAAGGAGCUGAAUUGCACAGCUCGUGGUGAGCGGCCCAUUAUCAUUCGUUGGGAGAAAGGGGACACCGUAAUUGAUCCCGACCGCAACAUCCGAUAUGCCAUUGCUACUAAGGAUAAUGGUGACGAGGUCAUCUCCACACUCAAACUCAAGCCAGCUGAACGAGGAGACUCUGUUUUCUUCUCCUGCCACGCGAUCAACUCCUAUGGUGAAGAUAGAGGACUCAUUCAGCUUACUGUACAAGAACCACCAGACCCUCCAGAACUGGAGAUCCGAGAGGUGAAGGCCCGGAGUAUGAACUUACGGUGGACUCAGAGGUUUGAUGGCAACAGCAUCAUCACAGGCUUCGAUAUUGAGUACAAGAACAAGUCUGAUUCCUGGGACUUUAAGCAAUCUACCCGGAACAUCUCUCCCACCAUUAACCAGGCCAACAUUGUGGACCUUCACCCGGCCUCCGUAUACAGCAUCCGCAUGUUUUCAUUCAAUAAGAUUGGCCGCAGUGAGCCAAGCAAGGAUCUGACCAUCAGCACGGAGGAAGCAGCUCCUGAUGGCCCCCCGCUAGAUGUCACCUUGCAGCCAAUGACAUCCCAGAGUAUCCAGGUCACCUGGAAGGCCCCAAAGAAAGAGCUCCAGAAUGGGGUUAUCCGAGGCUACCAAAUUGGCUACCGGGAGAACAGCCCAGGGAGCAGUGGGCAAUACAGCAUUGUGGAGAUGAAGGCCACAGGGGACAGUGAAGUGUACACCCUCGACAAUCUGAAGAAAUUUGCCCAGUAUGGUGUGGUGGUGCAGGCCUUCAACCGGGCAGGCACUGGCCCCUCAUCCAGUGAAAUCAAUGCCACCACCCUGGAGGACGUGCCCAGCCAGCCCCCUGAAAACGUGAGGGCCUUGUCCAUCACUUCUGACGUGGCCGUCAUCUCAUGGUCAGAACCCCCACGGAGCACCCUCAAUGGCAUCCUGAAGGGUUACCGUGUCAUCUUCUGGUCCCUCUACAUGGAUGGUGAGUGGGGGGAGAUGCAGAACGUUACCACCACUCGGGAGCGAGCAGAGCUGCGUGGUAUGGAGAAGUUCACCAACUACAGCGUGCAGGUCCUGGCCUACACCCAGGCAGGUGACGGGGUCCGUAGUAACGUCCUCCACAUCCAGACCAAGGAAGACAUUCCUGGUCCUCCUGCUGGGAUCAAAGCGGUGCCUUCCUCUGCCAGCAGCGUUGUGGUGUCCUGGCUGCCACCCUCGAAACCCAACGGAGUCAUCCGGAAGUACACCAUUUUUUGCUCCAGCCCGGGCUCUGGCCAGCCGGCUCCCAGCGAGUACGAAACAAGUCCAGAGCAGCUGUUCUAUCGCAUUGCACACCUGAACCGUGGGCAGCAGUACCUGCUCUGGGUUGCAGCUGUCACCUCAGCAGGGCGUGGCAACAUGAGUGAGAAAGUCACCAUUGAGCCUGCUGGAAAAGCUCCAGCCAAGAUAAUCUCAUUUGGCGGCACGGUCACCACUCCGUGGAUGAAAGAUGUGCGACUGCCAUGCAGUUCAGUGGGGGAGCCUCUCCCAGCUGUGAAAUGGACUAAGGACAGUGAUGAUUCAGCUAUUCCAGUCAUUUUGGAUGGUCAUCGCCAGAUCCAGCCCAACGGCACCCUGAUUCUGCGCUCCGUGAAAGCAGAGGACUCUGGCUAUUACACUUGCACUGCAACAAACACCUGGGGGUUUGACACCAUCAUCGUCAACUUGCUAGUGCAAGUCCCUCCAGACCAGCCCCGGCUGAUGGUGUCCAAGACUUCGGCUUCAUCUAUCACCUUGGCCUGGAUCCCCGGUGACAAUGGUGGCAGCUCCAUCCGAGGCUUUGUGCUCCAGUACUCAGUGGAUAAUAGUGAGGAGUGGAAGGACGUAUUAAUUGCUUCCACAGAGCGUUCCUUCAAACUGGGGAGCCUGAAAUGUGGGACCUGGUACAAGGUGAAGCUGGCAGCCAAGAACAGUGUUGGAGCCGGCCGCAUCAGCGAAAUCAUCGAGGCCAAGACCCAUGGCAGAGAACCAUCUUUCAACAAGGACCAACAUCUGUUCACCCACAUAAACUCCACACAUGCCAGACUAAGCCUGCAAGGCUGGAACAAUGGGGGCUGCCCCAUUAUAGCAAUCGUCCUGGAGUACCGGCCCAAAAGCACAUGGGUUUGGCAGAGCCUGCGGGCUAACUAUUCAAGUGAAGUAUUUCUGACAGAUCUGCAUGAAGCCACUUGGUAUGAGCUGCGCAUGAAAGCAUGUAACAGUGCUGGCUGUGGCAACGAGACCCUGCAGUUCGCCACACUGGACUACGAUGGCAGUACCAUUCCACCUAUUAAGUCGGCUCAAGGGGAAGGAGAUGACGUCAAGAAACUUUUCACCAUUGCUUGCCCUGUCAUCUUGGCCACCCUUGGCAUUGCGUUGCUCUUUGUUGUUCGAAAGAAGCGGAAGGAAAAGCGUCUGAAACGUUUGCGAGAUGCCAAGAGUUUGGCUGAAAUGCUCAUCAGUAAGAAUAAUCGUAGUUUUGACACCCCAGUAAAGGGCCCUCCACAAGGCCCUCGGCUGCACAUUGACAUCCCCCGGGUUCAGCUGCUCAUUGAGGACAAGGAGGGGAUCAAGCAGAUCGGAGAUGAUAAAGCAACAGUCCCAGUCUCUGAUCCAGAAUUCAAUCAGACUGUCAACCCACAGAGCUUCUGCACAGGUGUUUCUCUACACCAUCCAGCACUGAUCCAGAACACGGGGCCUUUGAUCGAUAUGUCUGACAUCCGUCCUGGCACAAAUCCUGUUUCAAGGAAGAGUGUGAAAUCUACACAUAGCACCCGGAACAGAUAUUCUAGCCAGUGGACUCUCACCAAGUGCCAGGCCUCUACGCCAGCACGGACUCUUGCCUCUGACUGGAGAACUGUUGGCUCCCAGCAUGGCAUUACAGUGACUGAAAGUGACAGUUUCAGUGCUAGUUUGUCUCAGGAUACAGACAAAGGCCGGAACAGCAUGGUGUCCACAGAGAGUGCCUCAUCUACUUACGAAGAGUUGGCACGGGCCUAUGAGCAUGCCAAGCUGGAGGAGCAGCUGCAGCAUGCCAAGUUUGAAAUCACCGAGUGCUUCAUUUCUGACAGCUCCUCUGACCAGAUGACCACUGGCACCAACGAGAAUGCUGACAGCAUGACUUCCAUGAGCACUCCCUCAGAGCCAGGCAUCUGCCGCUUCACAGCUUCUCCUCCCAAACCACAGGACAGUGACCGUGGCAAGGGUGUAGCUGUGCCUAUCCCUCACCGAGCAAAUAAAAGUGACUACUGCAACCUGCCUUUGUAUAUGAAAUCUGAAACGUUCUUCCGCAAGCCAGACCUUCAAGACCCUUGUCCUGCAGUGCCACCCCGGGAGGCCUCCAUACGAAAUCUGGCUCGGGCUUAUCACACACAAGCCAGACACUUGACAUUAGAUGCCAGCAACAAAGCCUUGGCUGCACCCCAUGCAAGCGCAGCCACCACCUUACCUCAGAGAACUCUUGCUGUGCCAGGCUCGGCCAGCGGUGCCCCUUCUGCUGCCCCCACUGCUGCUCCUGCCCCAGCCCCUGAACCAAGCCCAGGCCCUACUGCUGAGCCACGCUUGCCCACGCACAGCAAGAUUGGGGGGUCCAAAGACUCACUACUAGAAAUGAGCACGUCUGGCGUAGGGAGGUCGCAGAAGCAGGGAACUGGUGCCUACUCAAAAUCCUAUACGCUGGUGUAGCGAUGGGUAGAAAGGACAGCAGAGAUAUGGCUCUUUCCCCAAGUUAUUUAUACUGAAAUAAGUGGAGCACUUGUACAGAAUGGAUUUUUCUUUUUUGUAUAAAUGAAACUAUUUUUCUCUUCUCCAGAACUCGAGGGGAAGUCACUGAGGGCUCAAAGCAUUUGCAGGAAUCUCUUUUAUUGAAGAAGCCCUGCUGUUUUCAGUGUUGCGGAAGAGGGCGCUGAAAUCUGAUGGGGCAUGCGCUCUCUCCAGUCCUCCUACUGCCCUAGUCACGCAACCUCUUGGUUUUGAAAAGACCCCUUUGGGACACUGCAUGUUGUUUUACUGUUUGGUAAACCAUGGGAUUUGCUUCCAGUUGCAUCUGCCUGUGUUAAUACUUUUUUCUAUUUUAAAAAAAAGCCAGCGCAGUGUGCAAUAAAAGUUAUGUUUCUAUAACAUGAGAGUCCUUUGUUUGGUGUAGGCUGAUCUCUAAGAAGAAAAAGGAAGCAGGUGGCAGAGGCAACUUUGCCAGAACAGGUGCAGGAGGUGCAUCCUGCAAUUCUCAUCCUGUUUUAACAUGGAUGAAGCUAUUCUAUGAAAUGUCAGACAUCAAGCAGAUCAUUAUUUUAUACAUACAUCUCUUAGACACCACAGCUAUUUAAAAGCUAAUGUCUAAUAUGACCUUUUAAAGUGCCAUUUUCCUUUCCACAACAUAGCAAAUAAAAUAUGAAUUGUCGGACAGGGAGCGACAGUAGACCACCAUUUGUUUCUUACUAGCAAACAAAUGCUUCCAGUUAUAGAGGCCAUCAAACGGCAAAUAGGAUUGGUUUUUAGUAGGGCAGAUUCAGGUUGAGAGACAGCAGCUGGAGACUUUUCAUCAGCUCCCCAGCUGGUGUGUGUGCAAGGACAGUUGUAUCUUAGGGAAGAGGCGUUGGUGGGGAGUUUCAACCCAGGCUUUACUCUAGACUGUCCAGCAGUGGGUAGCAAGUUCACGUCUAGAGUUUUAGUGUUUCCUUCCUGUGCCGUAUUUACUCUAUGCUCUAGAAGUAAUGAUAAAUGUAGCAGCCUGCUCCACUGGAUCGCUGCUUGGCAAAAUUUCUAGGCGCUCAGAAAGAAAACCAUUCGCAGCAGGAGAGACCUUACUAGGGAAGAAGGACUACCCAGAUGCACCAAGGUCGCUUCCUCUCAGCAGUGCGGGAGCAAGUACCGGAUGGGUAGCCAUGAGCAAGUCACCUAAGUUCCUAUUACUGCCUCCUUCUCUGCUCACGUCUUAGCUGAUUAUUGUGAGGCACCAAGAAUAGCAGUAGGGAAAAAUCAUUUGUUCAGGACAUGUCUUGGAAUGCCUACGAAUAAUUUUCUGCUAUACUAGGGCAGAAGAGCAGGUAAGAGGAAUGUGACCGGGGGGAAUGUGGCCCGUGGAACAGCAUUGGCAUUGGCUGAAAGAAUGUGGCUACAAGAGAUGCUGGUGGGCAAAUUUAGGGACUGACAAAGGAGAAACUAGUUCUCCCAGCCCCUUGCAGCACAGCAGUUAGCAGAAUCUUCAAAGGAGUCAGUGAUAAGUGCUCAGCUUGGCAUGCUUCUCCCUCUGGUCUGUGAACACAUCAAUGCUAUGCUAAAACACCCUUCUUUCCAAACAUACCAAGAAACUAGAGUUAUUAGAAAGCUCACACUGAUCAGCUGUGGGGGCAGUGAUUCCGAGGAGACCAAAAGGGAAGUGCAAAGACCCCCGUGUUUUGCUAAAAAACAUCUGCGCCUCAAGGCUGCAUUUCGGCACCCGUGGCUUGUAAGGAGUCACUGACAUGUUCUCCCGUGUGCAUUCAACUAAUCCCUUUGCAGGGAUUUUGGCCUUGAGAGCUCUUGGUCCUUAUCAUGGAUUAGGGACAGCACAUGUGAAAUUAUCCCAGAAUCAACUUGUGGUUCCAAGUCCCAACUAAAAAUUUUUCAUUAAACUUGGAAAUUGCUGUUGUAAUAAUAUAGGUCAACAGAGAUUUCACUGAUACACGUAGAACGUGGAUGCCACGUGUAAUUGUUUACGGCAAGGCAGCCGCCCCCAAGAAGAGGUUUUGGUGUUAAUGUAACUAUAAAUGUAACUAUAAGCACCCCUGUGGCUUUUAUCUUUCCAUAUGUUGAUGCCAUGCCCCUUUGCUGAGGCUUCUGGCUUCCAUUCCCAGCAGACCUUUCCAGUUCUAGGAAUUGUCUUCCAUUACCUAAGUUCUUCAGGAAGACAGCUCUCCUUCUUCCUCAAUCCCCUUUACUUGCCCCAUUGCCCCAUAACUGAAAGAAUACUGUGUGUCUGAAGCUCUUGUGUCCACAACCUUCCUUAAAAAGGAACAGAAAUGUAUUCCCCUGUCUUGAGGCUGAGUUACACUGGGUAGGGGGGCUUGUGGACAAGGCAAGGCAAUGACAUUUCCUGGAACGUGCUGUGGCCAAGCUGGGAAUAAAGCAAGAAAGCGAUAACACAAUGGCAGUAAUGAGAUGAGCAUGAGACCAACCUGCCCAACUCACCAAUAUUUAUCUCACAAAGGUGUCCUAAGGACUGUAGUAUUUCAAAAUACAGCACUAGAAGCUUCAAGGUCCCUGCUGAGGCUCCUUAAUUUCCACAGGCAAACGCUGCCCCCAACAUCUGGACAGCAAUGCUGGUUUAAAGCCACUAUGGUGUUGACCUCAGCCUGGAACUGAUCAGAGAUACUGAAGAAGACCCUCUAAGUGGUUUGGCCAUGCACUUCUCUAUCAGAACUUCUUUUUGACAUAACAAGCAGCAGCACUAGGGCAAGGGACACAGCACAUCUCAACUUAGCCAACUAGCCAGCCACAUUGCAAGCUGCCAAUGCUCCUCGCCUCCCUGAAGCUCCUGCAAGACAUGGUGACAACCAGGCUGAGGACUGGGCUGGGCAAGCAAGCUGGUGGCAUGGCAGUAUAAGGACCUCAAGACUGGCAUAACAGUUCGAAGUUCACAGCCUCCCAAUCAAUCAGCUUGCUUGUACUGCUGAGAUGUGACAUACAAUGCUGUGCAACACUGUAUUGACCUUGUGCAAACUUCUCAGAGUGAUCUACUUCCUGGGAACUGAGGUGGGUGCUCAGUGCCUUGCCCUGCAAUAGCUACAGCUAACUCCAUCAUUCCUGAACAACAAGAGGAUGAAAGUAACAGCCUCCUCCCUCUGCAUUUGAUCAAAAAGAGACUGAUUCACCAUGAUGUAGAGUGCAAUCAUCAUGCUGCCAGCAUGGUAUGGAAAAUCAUAAAAGGUCUUCAGCAAAGACAGCACUCUUCAGGCUCACCAGCCACCUGCCUGGUGCUGCAGUAGGGCAAACUGUCACUGAACAGUUUAAAAAGGGAAUAGGCCUGCCUGAAAACGUGCCAUGUUUUGAAACUUCUAAUCUUCAUCUAUGAUGCCUGAGGUAUGUCACAUUCCAAUGCCGCUCACUGACUAGUGUGCACCAACGGAAAGAGGGAAAGGGGAAUGCAGGGAUUAGGCAUGGAGCAGAAGGCACAGGACUUCUACUCAGAAUAUAAUACCUGGAGAACUAACCCCCAUUUAUAUUUCCAAUUACAAAAGGCCACCAGAAAAAGCUGGUUGAAGCUGAUCGGCUGGGUAUCCAGCAAGAGACAGAUUUUCCUCUUGGCAAUCUCCACUAUGGCCUCUGCUUUGAUUAGGGAACAGAGAAACUCAUAAAAUAAGGUCAGAGACUAGACAAAGCAAUGUAAAUGUGAGAGAU